AUGUACGAUAGCCCCAAUAAUCCAUGCCCGGUCAUUGCAAAAAGGGCACAAGAGCACCGCGAUGCCACGAUCGCUGCAGUCCGACCCCCUCUCCCAGACUUUGACGGCCUCCCUCAAGAUUCCUCCCAAGUGCCCAAGUUUAUCCUCACCCCAGAGGAAAUUGCCAUAACAGAGUCUGAUCCGGCAGACCUCGUGUCAAAGCUCACAUCUGGGGCAAUUCUUUCCAGAACAGUCACGGUGGCAUUCCUCCGCCGAGCAGCCCUAGCUCAAAAGCUGACCAACUGCGUCACCGAGUUGCUCCCAGUCGCAGCUCUUGAGCGGUCGGCCAAACUCGAUCGGUACUUCAUGGAGAAUGGAAGACCGACCGGACCCCUCCAUGGCCUCCCUAUAUCCAUCCAAGAGAUGAUAGGGAUCAAAGGCCUGACCCAGAAUGCUGGCUACAUGGCCUGGCAUGAUCGGAUUGCAGCGGAGAACGCUCACAUCAUCGACAUCCUGAUCAAAGCAGGAGCAGUUCUCUACGCCCGCACGACGCAGCCGCAAACACAGCUGCAGCUCGAGACGUCCAACAACUACUUCGGCGACACCGUCAACCCUUUCAAUCGCAAGCUGACGGCCGGCGGUUCCCCAGGCGGCGAAGGUGCACUCAUCGGCAUGCGUGGAUCCUGCCUUGGCCUCGGAACUGAAUUCGGAGGAUCACUCCGCUCGCCGGCCGCCAACAAUGGCCUAUAUGGCUUCAAGCCGACUUCGCUCCGCUUGCCCACGGGAGGCUUCAUGGCUUCGAUGUUGGCCCAGGAGGGGAUCGUCCCUGUGGUCGGACCCCUCUCGACGUCCCUAGAAGGCGUGAAGUUGAUCAUGCAGACGGUCCUUGAUUCGCAACCUUGGGACAUCCAACCGUCACUCGUGCCCAUCCCAUGGAGGACCGAGUCUCAGUUGGAGCGACUCCCCUCCGGUGAGAAAUGUCUGAAGGUCGGUGUUAUGUUCGAUGACGGCGUUGUCAUGCCUCAUCCGCCUGUGCUACGUGCAAUCAAGACCGUGGCGGACGCCUUGACCGGCGUGAAGGGCAUUGAACUCGUGAUGUGGAAGCCCUACCGGCACGACUGGGCAUGGGAAAUCACCUCGUCACUUUUUUUCUGCGAUGGCGCGAAAGAGGUUACCGAGGACCUUCUCGCUUUGUCAGAGCCAGAGCCAGUACUUCCGCUGGCCGCCGACUUAAUUCGUCUCACAAAUGGAGGCACCGUCAAUAGUAUGUGGGACUGGAUCAAGAAGCGAGAUGUGUAUCGAGGGGAGUACGCGCAACUCUGGAGGGAUGUCGAUGUGCUACUUUGCCCUGCUGGACCGAGUGCGGCGCCUCUCAUUGGGACUGCCAAGUACUAUGGUUACAGUUCUCAGUGGAACCUGCUCGACUACCCGGCUGUCGUGGCACCUGUCACCAAAGUCGACCCUAAGAUCGAUACUGCUGAUCCGAACUACCAGCCAAGGAAUGUCAAGGACAAGGAAAACCAUGAACUAUACAAUGCUCAAGAAUAUGAAGCUGCCCCCGUAAGCAUCCAGCUCGUCGCGAAAAGGUUCCAAGACGAAAAAUUGAUAGAGGCAAUGGAUCUCAUCAAGGAAAAGGUGGGACUGCCGUUCGCAUCGUUUACCUGA